AAAUUCAAAGCUAGAGGUUGUCGGGAACCAAUCUGGAAGGAAGGAGAGGGGGGUGGGGGGUGCGUGCGUGCGUGCAGAAGAGACAAGAGGAGAGAGAGAGAGAUGUUAGAGAUGAUGAUGAGCAUUAUUGGGACAAUCAUGGUUCUUAUGCUCCUUCUCAUCAUCCUUUUCGCCUGCAAGCCAUGGCGCUUCCUUCCCCUUUCCCGCUCCCGAUCCUCCCCUUUCUCUUCUUCUACCUUCUUCAAGGUUGGGGAUUUGCAGCGCCCGCUUGUAUCUUCUCAUUCUCAUGAUGAGAAUCUGAUCCAAGGAGGCCAAACCAGUGAGGUCUCAAGAGAAAUUGAUCUGGAAGAAUCUUACGAAGGGCUUUUGCAUUCUUCCCUCAGAGGAGGCCUUUACAAACAAAGGCUCCCUUCUUCUUCUCCCCUUCUCGCCCCCCAAGGUGAAAGCUUUGAUCUACAAAUAAUAUCUGAGCCUUCUGACAAUGCUUUGGUGGGUGAGAUGCUUAAGCAUCCAGCUGAAAAACUUUGCUUCGAUGAUGAGGUUCAAACAUAUGACGACUCGCAGCAACCUGAUUUGGACAAGGAUAUACUCUCCCACCUUUCUCCUCCUCUUGUUGCUGUUAAAGAUCAGAGAAGUUGGUUGUCUCUUGAGGUCAUUUCCGGUCCUUCCCUUGGGCUUCAGUAUGCUGUGCACUCCACAAGCAACUCCAAGCUUCCAGUGAACCUUGGAAGGGUCUCUUCUGAUAUGAUUUUGAAAGACUCUGAAGUUUCAGGGAAGCAUGCUCAAAUAACAUGGAACUCUUCUAAAUUGAAAUGGGAGCUGAUAGACAUGGGUAGCCUUAAUGGAACUCUGUUGAACUCUCGGUCAGUGAGUCAUCCUGAUCUAGGCAGCAGGAAGUGGGGUCACCCUGUCGAGCUUGCAAGUGAUGAUGUAAUAACUUUGGGAACAACUACAAUGCUCUCCGUCCGUAUCUCAUCUCAGAAUGAGUUUCAGACACCGUUCAGAAUUGGUGUGGCCUCGGAUCCCAUGGCUGCACGUCGAGGAGGCAGAGAACUUCCAAUGGAAGAUGUUUGUUAUUACAAGUGGCCUCUACCUGGAGCCAAUAAGUUUGGGCUGUUUUGUGUUUGUGAUGGACAUGGGGGAGCAGGAGCUGCUCAAUCCGCAGUAAAAAUUAUUCCCGAGGUUCUGGCGAAUAUUUUAUCAGACUCUCUGAAGAAGGAGAAAGUGUUAUCACAAGGAGAUGCUUCGGAUGUCCUGAGGGACGUGCUUGUGAAAACAGAAGCUCGCUUGGAUGAUCACCUAUAUGAGGGUUGUACAGCUACAGUUCUCUUGGUUUGGAAAGACAGUGAAGAACAUUUAUUCGCACAAUGUGCUAAUCUCGGGGAUUCAGCAUGUGUAAUCAACCAUGAUGGGAGAUAUAUACAAAUGACUGAAGAUCAUCGAGUGACUAGCUUGACGGAGAGAAGAAGAAUACAAGAAGCAGGACUAUCUUUGAGAGAUAAAGAGACCAGGAUCUUUGGUAUAAACCUUGCGAGGAUGCUUGGAGACAAAUUUCCAAAGCAGCAAGACGGUCGGUUCAGCGCAGAGCCAUAUAUAAGUGAGCCUUUGCGCAUCGAUCAAUCUAGUAAAGACGCGUUUGCUGUAUUGGCAAGUGAUGGGUUAUGGGAUGUGGUGAGUCCGAAGAAAGCUGUGCAGUUGGUGCUCGAGAUGAGAGAGAAAGAGAGUAGUGCAGAGAAAAUAGCAAACGGUCUGCUGGAUGAAGCUAGAGUGAUGCGUACAAAGGACAACACCUCCAUUAUUUACUUAGAUUUCGAUACUUCCUUGUAAUGUGACUCUUAAUAUAUUUGGGAAGUGUCGGGUCUUUUGUGUACGUACCAUCUUCUUUUAUUUAUACUUGUGUUAGUAUCAUAGGGUAUAUGAGAAGAAGAAGAAAAAGUUCCUUUGGGAUGGGUAUGGCGAGUACAUUGGUUUCAUUUUCAUCCCUUCCAUUUUAUAAUAAAGUUUAAUGUUAUCUC